AUGGACGAACUAGGAGACAUGUAUGAGUUGUUUUCAAGAUGUGAAAAAUAUAUCAACUUGGCUGAGGUUCUGGCGGCUGAGAAAGAAGAUAAAACCGAGAAGAAAGCUCAAGAAAAGAAGGAGGAAACUCCCCGAGAAGUUGGCACAAAGCGCAAUCGAGAUGAUAAGGAUGGUAGGAAAAAGAAAGAUGACAGGAAAGCUUGGGUACCCAAAGCUGCAGAUCUGGAAUCCGAGCCAGAUUAUACGGCCCUGACUCAUACCCGAGCACACAUAUUGAAUGAAAUCAAAGACCAGGUGACCCUACGUUGGCCGGUCAAGAUGGUCAAGCGAGCACAUGAGCGCAACAAGAAUAAGUAUUGUUGCUUUCAUCAGGACCACAGUCACCAUACCGAGGAAUGCAGACAGCUGAAGGAUGAGAUAGAAGCUCUCAUCCACAGAGGGCGCAGAAGCCGAUUUGUCAAGAAAGAAGGGAAUGACCGUAGACCAGAUUAUCGUGCUCGGGAAACAGAGGGAAGACAAAGAUCACCCCCCAGAGCUGAUAAAGAGGAACUACACCGAGGUAAGCCCUAUAUCGAGAAUGUACCCCUAAUGGAGAUAACAACCAUAUUUGGUGGGUGUGGUAUGGGAGGAGAAACCUCAAACUCCCAAAAACAACACUCUCGAAAUGUACUGCAAGCUGAGGUAAUAAUUAAAAAGAGGAGAACUGAUCAUCCCAUAACCUUCUCCGAUGAAGACUUAGCAGAUAUUCAAUCUCCCCAUGAUGAUGCCCUGGUAAUCAAGAUGGUUAUCGCCAACUGCAUGGUAGGGAGGAUCCUGGUGGACAACGGGAAUUCAGUGGACAUCCUAUACUAUGAUGCAUUUGAAAAGAUGCUCCUGAGACCCGAGAUGCUGAGAAGAGUGGAGUCUCCCCUAUAUGGUUUUAAUGGGGCCCCAGUACAGGUGGAAGGAUCAAUUGAGAUGUUGGUUACCAUGGGGAUAGAACCCAAACUCUCUACGGUGAUGAUGAAAUUCCUGGUAGUAAAGGUGAAUUCCACGCACAAUAUAAUAUUGGGGCAACCAGGACUCAAUGCACUGCAGGCGGUGGUCUCAACCCCACACCUAGUCAUGAAAUUCCCAACUAACCACGGGGUGGGAGAAUGUUGUGGAAGCCAGGUAGCGGCCCACCACUGCUAUGAAGGAUACCUAAGAACCAAAGGAAAGGAGCCACAAAUGCAUCUGAUCCACUUGGAUGACAACCGAGAUAUCAGUGAGUAA